AGCAGCACCGAAUAAAGGGAAUCGGGCGAAUUAGCCAUGGGAUGAUUGGUAUAUCGAUGGAAUUGGGCCAUGCAUGUGAUGUUGACAAGCCCAAGUAUCUUCUUCUUAGCCAAACGGGUCCCAAAAUAUCAUUUGAUUGGUUUGAACUGGACAAAUUCCUAAUGACGUCAGCUUAAACGGUUCAGUCAAUUUCAUUGUCCUAGGUCCAUUGAACCCACCACUUUUAGCUUCACCGAUUAUCUCGUCGGCCAACUUCUCCGAUCUCUUAUCUCUUGUAAACGAUGAUCAUUACUAAACAAUAUCGAUGCAUACACUCGGCUAGUUGUUUGUGCACAAAAGGGCAUCUCAGCGAAGAAGUUAUAUUUCUGGUUUUUCAGCGAUUGAAUUGGAACCCCAAGUCGGUUGCAACUCUAUCUUGUGUUUGCAAAUGGUUUGAUGAUCUUGCAAAGAGAGUGCUGUGGAAGGAGUUUUGUAAGACAAGAGCUCCAAAAAUGAUGCUUGAUUUACAGUCUAGUGGGAGUCAUAGUGUUGAUGGGAACUGGAGAGCUCUUGGAAAGCUUCUUAUUCACUGCUCUGGGUGUACUAAAGGUGGCUUAUUCAACAACAUCCAUAUUCCAGGACACUUUGUUUACAGGACUAGGUUCUCUAGGACCUCUGGAAAAAGCUUUCUGUUACCACAAUGCAGGACAGAUGUUUUGUAUGUUUCUGAUCCUUGUGAGCAUCUUGACCAAGGAGAUGAGGGAGAUAUUGGGUUUUUUCGGGGGAUAUUUAAAUCCUUUGCUAGCUCAAAAGUUCGUAAAAUGUUAAUUAAGAGGGAGGCUCAGCUUCAUCCGACAGAAGUAUGCCCUUACUGUAAGGCAAAACUGUGGAGCAUGUUGCAAGCGAAUAUGGUACCAGCAAGUGCCAGCUGUAGAUUGGGUGCUUAUGAAGAUGCAAUCGAGUAUUAUGUGUGCCUUAAUGGGCAUGUGCUUGGGAUAUGUACCCUCUUGCCCUUGUCCGAUUCUGAGGAAGCUUCAGAGCACAGUGAUGCAUGAAUGCAGGUGUUAAAAGACGGGAUUCCGUCGAUUCGGGAACUUGGUGGGUACUGUUUACUGAGAGAUAGGAUGGAUAUGCAAGUCAUUGAGCCAUUCAGUGAAAGAUAUCUUUUGGUGGACUGCGGAGAUGGAGCUGUAUUUCUGCAAGAUUGCCUCUUCCCAAACUUAUCUGAUCCGCCUACCAGUUCACUGGAAACCUGUAACUGAUCAUUGUGCCUCAGUUGUAACAAACACCAGAAUUUGUCUGUAUAUUUUAUUUAUGACCUCAAAUUUGCAUCUAAUUUGAGUGACACGUUAGGAUCUACAACAUUUCGAGAGUUGUUUGUUGUGAAGCAGUUAAGUUGCACCAUGUAAAGUUUGAAAUAUUAUUGAAUGCAGUUCUGAUUCAACGAGUCA